AAACGUUCCAGAGGUCAAGUGCUAUUCGACAAAGUGUGCGAGCAUCUGAACCUUUUGGAAAAAGACUACUUCGGGCUAACAUACAGAGACACAGAAAACCAAAAGAAUUGGUUGGACCCUGCCAAGGAAAUCAAGAAGCAGAUCCGAAGUGGUGCUUGGCAGUUUGCAUUUAAUGUGAAAUUCUACCCUCCAGACCCUGCCCAGCUAUCUGAAGAUAUUACCAGGUACUACCUCUGCUUGCAGCUGAGAGAUGACAUCGUGUCGGGUCGGCUGCCCUGCUCGUUCGUCACGCUGGCCCUGCUGGGCUCCUACACUGUGCAGUCGGAGCUCGGCGACUACGACCCCGACGAGUACGGCAGUGACUACAUCAGCGAAUUCCGCUUUGCGCCAAAUCACACUAAAGAGCUGGAGGAUAAAGUGAUCGAGCUGCACAAGAGCCACAGGGGAAUGACACCUGCAGAGGCUGAGAUGCAUUUCCUGGAGAAUGCCAAAAAACUGUCAAUGUAUGGAGUAGAUCUCCAUCACGCCAAGGAUUCUGAAGGAGUGGAAAUCAUGCUAGGAGUUUGUGCAAGUGGUCUCUUAAUAUAUCGAGACAGACUCAGAAUAAAUAGAUUUGCCUGGCCAAAGGUUCUGAAAAUUUCCUACAAGAGGAACAACUUCUAUAUCAAAAUCCGACCAGGGGAGUUCGAGCAGUUUGAAAGCACUAUUGGGUUUAAGUUGCCAAAUCAUCGUGCUGCAAAGCGCUUAUGGAAAGUGUGUGUUGAGCACCAUACAUUUUUCAGGCUCCUGCUACCAGAAGCACCUCCAAAGAAGUUCCUCACGCUGGGCUCCAAGUUUCGCUACAGCGGCCGGACGCAGGCCCAGACGAGAAGAGCCAGUGCCCUCAUAGACCGUCCCGCACCUUACUUUGAGCGGUCUUCUAGUAAACGUUACACUAUGUCUCGCAGCUUAGAUGGGGCAUCAGUGAAUGAAAACCAUGAAAUGUACAUGAAGGAUUCUGUGUCUGCUGCAGAGGUUGGUACUGGCCAGUACGCCACAACAAAGGGCAUCUCUCAGACCAAUUUGAUAACCACUGUGACUCCAGAGAAGAAGGCAGAAGAAGAGAAAGAUGAUGAAGAGGGCAAAAAGAAAAGAGCAGAGGAAGUCACCCCGGUCUCAGCCGUACGCCAUGACACCAAG